ACCUGCGCAGCCUUGACAAAGUGGUGGCAUACAGCUUCGUCACGUGAAUUUCCAGCAUACGGGCAGCUGCAUGCACAACGCAAGAUGGAGCCCACGCAUCCGCUCCUCCGUCCUGGAGGCCUGCGUCUGAGGCAGCAAUGUCCGCACUAGCCUCUUUCGUACAGCUGCCUACCACCCGUCCAUAUUGUAGAAUGCUAUAAGACCGAUCAGUUGUCAUGGAAAUGGAGUCAAUCGAUACACUCUGGCACAGUCAUAGUGACCGUCAGAACUUGUCGACAUGGAAUUUACAAACUCACAGCCGGCACUACGUCUUGCGAAUGUUCAAGACGGGGAGACGAUUCACCAGCGCUGUCUUUUAGUCACAGGAACAUGCACGCCAAGCGGCCCUGGAGACUUCAUCUCGGUCAAGACUACUGGCGCAAAUGGCCUUGAGGUCUUCCCCGAACAGACAUGGCCAGUUCACAGCAGUCACUUCAAGGCUCUAGUCAUGCUGUCCCCUGGUGCUAAUACGCUCGACUUCUCUCAUAUGGGACAAGACGGGCAAGCAGAAUCGAUCAAGAUCAGCCUACUUUACAUACCGUUGCUUCAACAUCCGCCACUUCAUCUUGCCAUCAUGGUAGCGAAAGACUCGCCACUGCUCAUGGACUGUCCCCCUCAGAAGGCCGGCGGUCUCUCUUCAGCCCAUUCAGAUUUAUCCGCUGCCAUUGAGAAGUUCCGCAUGACUGCUUACAUGUGGCAAGCCAUGACUGCCGAAGAUAUGCGCACGAGAGGUCUUGGCCGCAGAACAUUCAGACUGGAAGAGGAGUGGACAGCUGAUACCGUUAGCCGAGACUUCAUCAAUGCGAGGCACUCAGAGCAUUAUGUAUGCAACUCUGAGGAUGCCAUACGAUCGACGGCCAGGGUCACCAUCGUAAGAUCUUCGAAGACAAAGAAGGAGAUAUUGUACGCCGAAGGCAAAGAUACAACGCCUAUGAGCAACAAUGGGCUGUUCGACAUCUUCAUGGAAGCACUUGCGGACCACGUUGGCCACUUCGAUCCCUCAUCCUCACCCGUUGUGGCAGGCUUGAUACUAGACGCGCACUACAACAAAUGCACCGAACAGGCUUUUACACAUGUCAGUGCUGGCCGUCACAAUUCGUCAGGCAUUUCCUUGGGCACUUUCGGUAGUCAUCUGACGUACUCUUGGCCGCGCUUCACGGAAGAAGUCAGCAGCUGUUUGACGGAUGCUCGGAUCCCUGGCCCGAAGAUCUCGAGAGGCCAGUCCACUAUCUGGGAGUCUUGUGCCUUUGGACAAUCUUCCUUCCUGUCGGCUGUAGGUCUUGCCUUUGGCGCCAAUGCGAACUCCCACGAACAAAGAGAUCAAUGCGCGAUGGCGCAAGAUUGGCGAGGGAAGUUCUUGUCUAGUGCAGACACUCUUGGUGGGCCAUCUGAAGACGUGGAGGUAGCUGGCUGUUCCACCCUGGACCUCAAAGACGCCCUGAACCUUCGGCUUUCUCGGCACUUCCUUCUGCCUACAGACAAGUCAUUCACAGAUGCUCAGCGUACAGCAGAACCUGCGGCUGAGCCGAAGUUCACCGAUAACGAGCAGGGUGAACUGGACGUAGUCUUGCGUGUCACAUCUGCUGUUGGUAUUGCACGUAUCUCAUUCAACCAGACACCAGAGUGUACACCCUCUAUUGACUCGCCAGCCAAUGAGCACGAAUACACUCAAGACCAACUCGAGCAACGCUUCGACCGUUCCCAACCACUGCGCCUCGACAUCCUCGGCCUCAACGGCAAAGAGCUCACCAUCGCCAACGUAUGGGAGACACUGACGGUCAAAACCUUCGUCCGCAUUCCCGGAAGUCCUAUCCGCCUCUUCAAGCGCUCCGUCUACACCGAUGCCGUCGAAACCAAUUCUGCCUCAACUUGCGACUGGGCACAGCUCCUCAAAGAGCGUGGUCCAGAUGGCGUCGUCUACCGUGCAACAUCUAUCGACCUGCGUGUCGGCUGCUGGUGGGACGGCGGUGUCAUCACGUACGAAGACGGGCACAAGAGCCACUGGGGCCCGAUGUGCACGGGUGGCCGCGAGCACAGCUUUGGCGGUCACGCGUCACAGAUCAUUGACUUGCCGCCCGGUAUCAAUAUCAAGCGUAUCGAGGUCAACAGGGGGCACAAUGCGAGCUAUAUGCGAGGCGUGAAGGUAAGGCUUGCGGAUCGCACUGUGCGCGGGGAGCUCAAUGCGAGGCGCGGUGAUGGGGCGAAUGUUGUGCGCUUGGAGCCUGCGUCGCACGAGGUUAUUGUUGGGUUUUACGGGAAGAGUGGCAAUUCUGAUGGGGUUAUGGAGUUUGGGAUCAUCACUGUGGCGAAGACUGUUGGGCUGGAGGGACUUCCGGACGCUGUGUUUGGUUUGCCGGAGCUGAGGAAUACGGUUGGCAUGGGGGAGGAUGAAAGGAACGGUGAUCAGGACGACGGCGACGACCAUACUAUCGAUGGUGAUGGGGACGACGAGUAGACCACAGUGCAGCGUGUCAGCACACCUUUCACAGCCGCCCCAAGUACAAUAAUCCAUCACAUAAUCCCCGUAC